AAAAACACCGCUGAUAGUAUUCGCAGGCUCAGCCGAUAUUUUGUUCGGGAAAUGGAUGCAAAUAUCCAGCAUAUAACGAACCGCUCUAUUUUUCCCGUUUGCGCCAUGAAAACAUCCGUGUAGCAAACUGGAUCUUCCCAGAGCUACCUUCCCGAAUGUCGGGGAUGGAUAAAUUUACGGCGGAUUCUUGUAAUCUUGUCAAAGCGAAGAAAACGUCUCAUUCCAUCCACUGGCUCCGUAAAGGGCUCCGUAUACACGACAACCCCGCUCUUCGAGACGCGGUUCUCAACUGGGGAACUUUCCGUGUUGUGUACAUUCUAGAUACCAAGAGUGUAGCGUCGUCUAAUAUUGGUUUGAAUCUAUGGCGAUUUUUGCUUCAAGCGCUUGAAGAUUUAGAUGAUAGUCUGAGAAAACUGAACUCUCGCUUGUUUGUUAUCCGCGGUCAACCAGCGGAUGUCUUCCCCAGAUUAUUUAGGGAAUGGGGAAUUACUAGACUGACUUUUGAAGAAGAUUCUGAACCGUUUGGGAAGGAGAGAGACUCUGCUAUUUGCAUGCUGGCAAGGGAAGCCGGAGUUGAAGUCGCCUCUCAUAGAUCUCAUACUCUUUAUCACUUGCAAGGAAUUAUUGAUAGAAAUGGUGGAACACCGCCUUUGACAUAUAAGAAGUUCUUGUCCGUUAUUGAGGGUAUUGCCCCGCCCGAUCCCCCUGUGCCGCACAUUGACCCAAGUGCACAAGAGCUUGGCCACACCCCUCUGUCAGAUAAUCAUGAUGAGUUGUAUGGUGUGCCGACCAUGGAGGAGCUAGGGCUGGAGACUAGUAAAUUAUUUGUGGAGGUGUGGCAUGGGGGUGAGACAGAAGCUUUGAAGAGACUUGACCGACACCUGGAGAGAAAGGCCUGGAUAGCAAGCUUUGGGAAGCCCAAAGUUACUAGUGACAGCCUGAUGGCUUCUCCAAGCGGGGUGAGUCCCUACCUCAGGUUUGGGUGUCUCUCACCUCGCCUUUUCUACUACAGAUUAAUGGAUCUUUACCGAAAGGUCAAGGGGGGCCCACCGCCUACGUCUCUGUACGGUCAACUUCUUUGGCGAGAAUUUUUCUUUGUUGUCUCCACAAACAACCCAAACUUUGACAAGAUGGAAAGCAACCCAAUCUGUUUGUAUAUCAAGUGGAGAACAGACAAGCAAGUUGCAUCUGAUUUGCAGAAAUGGACAGAUGCCCAGACAGGGUUCCCAUGGAUAGAUGCGAUUAUGUCCCAACUGAAGCAGGAAGGAUGGAUCCACUAUCUUGCCCGUGUAGCAGUUGCUAGUUUUCUCACAAGAGGCUGCCUUUGGAUCAGUUGGGAGGCUGGAAUGAAGGUAUUUGCAGAACACCUUCUAGAUGCUGACUGGAGCUCAAAUGCUGGUAACUGGAUGUGGUGGUCAUAUAGUGCUUUCUCCCAACAGUUUUUUAAUCCCCCGUGUCCUGUGGAAUUCAGUAAGAGUCUAGACGCUAGUGGUGACUAUAUAAGGAAAUACCUGCCCGUCCUGAAGGGCUUCCCCGCCCGGUAUAUUCACGAGCCGUGGAAGGCACCAUUAAACGUGCAAAAAAUGGCCAAGUGCAUCAUAGGAAAAUCCUACCCUUCACCAAUGGUUGAUCACGAAAAAGCUGUUAGUAAGAAUAUGGAGGAAAUGACAAGCGUAUACAAGUCUGUUAUUCAGUAUAGGAUAUCAGUGCUGUCUUCAGAAGAAAAGCAGAUAGAAGAAACCAAAUCACAGUUUCAAAUGCCAGAGACUUCAAUGCAUUGACAACUGUAUUACAAACAUUUUAGGCAACUAUAAAA